CCCUCCCGUCUGCUGUAUGCCCCGGGGGCGCGGCCAUGGAGGUGGUGGGCGACUUCGAGUACAGCAAGAGGGACCUCGUGGGACACGGGGCCUUCGCGGUGGUCUUCCGGGGGCGGCACCGCCAGAAAACGGAUUGGGAGGUAGCUAUUAAAAGUAUUAAUAAAAAGAACUUGUCAAAAUCACAAAUACUGCUUGGGAAGGAAAUUAAGAUCUUAAAGGAACUUCAGCAUGAAAAUAUUGUAGCACUCUAUGAUGUUCAGGAAUUACCCAACUCUGUCUUUCUGGUGAUGGAGUACUGCAAUGGUGGAGACCUGGCAGAUUAUUUGCAAGCUAAAGGAACUCUCAGUGAAGAUACUAUUAGGGUGUUUCUGCAUCAGAUCGCAGCUGCCAUGCGGAUUCUGCACAGCAAAGGAAUAAUCCACAGGGAUCUCAAACCCCAGAACAUCUUGCUGUCAUAUGCGAAUCGCAGAAAAUCCACCAUCAGUGGUAUUCGCAUCAAAAUAGCGGAUUCUGGGUUUGCCCGUUACCUGCAGAGUAACAUGAUGGCUGCAACACUGUGUGGGUCCCCAAUGUACAUGGCUCCUGAAGUUAUUAUGUCUCAACAUUAUGAUGCUAAGGCAGACCUGUGGAGCAUAGGAACAGUGAUAUAUCAAUGCCUAGUUGGAAAACCACCUUUUCAGGCCAAUAGUCCUCAAGACCUCAGGAUGUUUUAUGAAAGCAGGAGCCUAAUGCCUAGUAUUCCCAGAGAAACAUCACCUUACUUGGCUAAUCUCCUCUUGGGUUUGCUUCAGAGAAACCAGAAAGAUAGAAUGGACUUUGAAGCAUUUUUUAGCCAUCCUUUUCUUGAACAAGUUCCAGUGAAAAAAUCCUGCCCAGUUCCAGUGCCCGUGUAUGCAGGCUCCGUCUCUGGGAGCUCCUGUGGCAGCUCUCCAUCCUGUCUCUUUGCCUCUCCACCAUCCCUUCCAGAUAUGCAGCAUAUUCAGGAAGAAAACUUAUCCUCCCCACCAUUGGGUCCUCCCAACUAUCUACAAGUGUCCAAAGAUUCUGCCAGUACUAGUAGCAAGAACUCUUCUUGUGACACGGAUGACUUUGUUUUGGUUCCACACAACAUCUCGUCAGACCACUCAUAUGAUAUGCCGAUGGGAACUACUGGCAGACGUGCUUCAAAUGAGUUUUUGGUGUGUGGAGGUCCGUGUCAGCCCACUGUGUCGCCUCACAGUGAGACAGCACCAAUUCCAGUUCCUACUCAGAUAAGGAAUUACCAGCGCAUAGAGCAGAAUCUUACAUCUCCUGCCAGCUCUGGCACAAAUCUACAUGGUUCUCCAAGAUCUGCAGUGGUACGAAGGUCCAACACCAGCCCACUGGGCUUCCUCCGGCUGGGAUCCUGCUCCCCGGCGCCCGCAGACACAGUGCAGACAGUCGGACGAAGACUCUCCACUGGGUCUUCCAGGCCUUACUCACCUUCCCCUUUGGUUGGGACCAUUCCGGAGCAGCUGAGUCAGUGCUGCUGUGGGCAUCCUCAGGGUCACGAAUCCAGGAGUAGAAACUCAUCAGGUUCCCCAGUGCCACCGGCUCCAUCACCACAGUCUCUCCUGUCGGGCGCUAGGCUGCAGAGCGCUCCGACCCUCACCGACAUCUACCAGAACAAGCAGAAACUCAGAAAGCAGCACUCGGACCCCGUGUGCCCGUCCCACGCCGGGGCUGGGUACAGCUACUCACCUCAGCCCAGUCGGCCCGGCAGCCUCGGAACCUCUCCCACCAAGCACACGGGGUCCUCUCCUCGCAGUUCGGACUGGUUCUUUAAAACUCCUUUACCAACCAUCAUUGGCUCUCCCACUAAGACCACGGCUCCUUUCAAAAUACCUAAAACGCAAGCGUCUUCCAACCUGCUAGCCUUGGUGACUCGUCACGGGCCCUCUGAAGGGCAGACUAAAGACGGGAGUGACCCACGGGAGUGCCCUCACUGUCUCCUAGCUCAAGGCAGCGAGAGGCAGAAGCCUGAGCAGCAGAACAAAGCAGUGUUUGGCAGAUCUGUCAGUGCUGGGAAAUUAUCAGACCAACAAGCGAAGAUACCUUUAGGUGGACAUCAGGGCAGCACGGACAGUUUAAAUACAGAACGACCAAUGGAUAUAGCCCCUGCAGGAGCUUGUGGUGGUGGACUGGCACCUCCUAUAGGAACAGCAGCAAGUUCCAGAGCUGUCCUGUUCACUGUAGGAUCUCCUCCACACAGUGCCACGGCCCCCACUUGUACCCAUAUGGUCCUUCGAACAAGAACAACCUCAGCCAGCUCCAGCAGCCCCGGAGGUUCCCUGUGCUCUGCCAGUGGCCGCGUGUGUGUGGGCUCCCCGCCGGGGCCCGGUUGGGGGGCUUCCCCUCCGGGAGCCGAGGCCGCUCCCAGCCUGAGAUACAUGCCAUAUGGUGCUUCACCCCCCAGCCUGGAGGGGCUCGUCACCUUUGAAGCCCCGGAGCUGCCGGAGGAGACGCUGAUGGAGAGAGAACACACAGACACCUUACGCCACCUCAACGUGAUGCUGAUGUUCACGGAGUGCGUGCUGGACCUGACCGCUGUGCGGGGCGGCCACCCGGAGUUGUGCACAUCUGCUGUCUCCUUGUACCAGAUCCAGGAGAGUGUGGUCGUGGACCAGAUCAGCCAGCUGAGCAAAGACUGGGGGCGCGUGGAGCAGCUGGUCUUAUACAUGAAAGCCGCACAGCUCUUAGCAGCCUCUCUGCAUCUCGCCAAAGCCCAGAUCAAGUCCGGGAAGCUGAGCCCGUCCACGGCUGUGAAACAAGUUGUCAAAAAUCUGAAUGAACGAUACAAAUUCUGCAUCACCAUGUGCAAGAAACUUACGGAAAAGCUGAAUCGCUUCUUCUCUGACAAACAGAGAUUUAUUGAUGAAAUCAACAGCGUGACUGCAGAGAAACUCAUCUACACUUGUGCUGUAGAAAUGGUUCAGUCUGCCGCCCUGGAUGAGAUGUUUCAGCAGACCGAAGACAUCGUUUAUCGCUACCAUAAGGCAGCCCUUCUUCUGGAAGGCCUCACUAAGAUUCUCCAGGACCCUGCCGACAUCGAAAAUGUACAUAAAUAUAAAACUAGUAUUGAAAGAAGAUUGUCAGCACUCUGUUGUAGCUCUGCGACCCUGUGAGCCAGCCGCAGGCUUGUCCCUGGACCAGCGGUGGGACUGAGGAGAGAGGUUUGGGAUGACAGCUUGGGUUCUGUUUCCCCAGCCCCAGGAAACCCUAGUCUCCCACCUGGUGACUACCAAAGAACAAGCGUGACUUCAAAAAGGAAAACCACCCAAAAAAACUACAGACUUGUAGGAAAUCUGCCUUAUUGGAGGCGUCAGCCCUUCCCUUUUCUGUGUAGAAGCAGAAGCAGAAUAUUCCACUUGGCUCUCGGUUUGGACGGGGUCAAUAAAUGGACCUUAGAAAUAGAAUGAUCGGUGCAGUUAUUCCUAAGGAUAAUUAAGAACGGAACAAAGUAGGUGGCUCUGUACUCAGUUCACCAGGGCAGUGUGUGAAAUUCCACGCGUUUACUGAGGUAUAAAGUAAAAAAAAAAAAUAAAAAUAAAAAUAAAAUAAAAAUCGACAUCUCAUCCAGGCAGUGUGAUAACUGGGGUCUGUUUGUCUGAACCUGAGCACGCAUCCAUUGACAGCCCAGGAAGAGCGAGCUCGAGAACGAGCUGAGAGAAGGCUCUUGGCAGAAGUGGUGAACUCUUCCAUUUGAUCAAAUAUGGACACAUGUUCAUCUUCCAACUCUUUCAUAUUGCACUAAUUUAUUAAAACAACUGUGUAUUGGAUUUUGCAAUUUAAAACUAACUGAGGCACAAUGGACUUGUUUAAAAUAUUUUACUUGAUUAUGUUAUAUACACACACCCUUUCCAGAAUUCACAUGUAACCUCUAGUGGACUUUUAAAUGGUAAAACUUGUGUUCGUGUGAACCUUUGCAUUUUUUUAACCUAUCCAUCUACACAUACAGAUUUUCUCAGUGGCGUUUUUGAGUUGCUGGCCGUUUGCUUUCGGUUGUAUUUUUUAUUGUGCAUGCGGAGUGUGCAUCGAUGCCUGUGAUCUCUAGGUUUACUAAAGGCUAGGUUUAUUUGGGCAGUAUUAGAGAAAAAUACCAACUUGGGAUCCUCUCAAGAAUUUUAAAGGGCCAAAA